CUACAACCUCCCACAUGCGGCUAGACCCGGCAGUCAUAGUCAUCACUUCGGCGACACUCUUGAUAGCCAUAUGCGGGUCUGUAAUACGACCGCUUAUCAAAUUUCUCUUUCCACGCGUCUGCAAUCGGGAUAGACAUUCUAUAAAGACCGCCAUAGAACUCCACGGCGUCAGUCGGCGAAACCAGAUAUACUGUCCAAGACUUUUGACGUUUGAUCUUGUCGUCGUCUUGUAAUUUUUUUCUCCACCCCUCCAGGAUUCAAAAUUCCAGUCAUCGAUUUCGUUUCUUCCAUCAGCGCUUGAAUCGGAAUACCGCGCAUCAGGAUGUCUCCCCACGCGACUGCUCAGGACUGUGACUCGGCGGCUGCGUCUUCAGACCUAAGCAAGAGCCACGUUCUCCACCGUUCGCUGCACAAUCUUCCUCGCAAAGUCGUUGCCGCGGACGGAUUGUACCUGACCCUGGCCAACGGGCAGCGGAUUCUCGAUGCCACCAGCGGUCCAGCCGUGUCCUGCAUAGGCCACAACAACGCCCGAGUCAAGGCGGCCAUGGCCAAGCAGCUGAGCGAAGUCGACUAUGUCCAAAGCUGGUUCUUCAGCACGCAGGCGGGCGAGGACCUGGCCGACGAGCUGAUCAGAGGAACGCAGGGCAGGAUGGCCCGGUGCUUCGUCAUUAGCAGCGGUAAGUCCUGUCGCCCUUUCUUCCGACGGAUCGUCCUAGUUCCAGACUGAUGACGACGGUUCCUUGCUCCGCCACAGGCUCGGAGGCGAUGGAGGCGGCGAUCAAGCUAUGCAGACAGUACUUCCUGGAACUGCCCACGCCUCAGCCCAAGAGGGUCAAGUUCAUCGCCCGCAGGGAAAGCUGGCACGGCGCGACCAUGGGAGCGCUGGCGAUGAGCGGCCACGUUGCUCGCCGCGCGCUGUUCGAGCCCAUGCUCUCCCGCGACAUGUGCCGCGUGUCCUUCUGCCACGCGUACCGCGCGAAAGCUGAGGGCGAGAGCGAUGAAGAUUACGUGCGGCGCCUGGCGCAGGAGCUCGACGACGAGUUCCAGCGGCAGGGUCCAGAGACGGUGUGUGCGUUUGUCGCCGAGCCCGUCGUUGGUGCGUCCCUUGGCUGUGUGCCUGCGGUGCCAGGCUACUUCCAGGCCAUGCGUGCCGUCUGCGACAAAUACGGCGCGCUGCUGGUGCUGGACGAGGUCAUGUGCGGAAUGGGACGCACAGGCACGCUCCACGCGUGGGAGCAAGAGGGUGUGGUUCCUGAUAUUCAGACGUUGGGGAAGGGCCUCGGGGCGGGCUACAUGCCCAUCGCUGCGCUGCUCAUCAACGCCAAGGUCGCCGACACGUUGAAGCGAGGGUCAGGCGCGUUCAGUCACGGACAGACGUACCAGGGCCACCCACUUGCUUGUGCUGCAGCGCUGGAGGUCCAGAGAGUGAUUCGCGAAGAGGGACUGGUGGCCAAUUCCGCAAAGAUGGGCAAGCUCCUUGGAGAGAGGCUGAAGAGCCGACUGGGGGGACAUGCGCACGUGGGCGACAUAAGAGGCAGAGGGCUGUUCUGGGGCAUUGAGUUUGUGAAGGACAAAGCUACCAAGGAACCGUUCGAUCCCAAGCUCGGCGUGUCCAUGGGCAUAAACGAGAAAGGCUUGACGGAGCCAUACAGCAUCUGUCUAUACCCGGGGUCCGGCACCGUGGACGGCAGACGAGGCGACCACGUACUCCUCUCGCCUCCCUUCACUGUCACGGAGGCGGAUGUCGAGACGAUUGUCGAAAGAACGGCCCGCGUGGUCGAAGACUUCUUCUCCGAACUGCGUCAGUAGUGACAUGAUUGUCAUACGGCCUGUGUCAAACUGCGGGCGCUCGUUCCGCAGCCCCUUCCAAGGCUCCUAGGUAUCAUUGAGGAAAAGAGACAGGCACGGCCUGGCUGAUGCGAUGCACGUAUCGCACGUAGGAUGCUCAUCUCAUUUGAUUUUGUUUCGACAGUGACACCGAUGAAACAUUCCGCUGUGCAGGGCUAGGCUUCGUCAGCCUUGUGUGAGGCCACCGCAAGAAAGAAAAUAAUUUUCCCCUUUCCCGUAGACACACACUUCGCCCAACAGACAUUCAAUUUUCCCCCACGUCGCUACGGCGGACCUUGCGAAGAUGACACCGGGGUGGUGCGGUGGUGGCGAGGUCGCUCACAGCUUGGAUAAGUUUUCUGCCGUGCUCUCGCCGUCCUCGGACCCACGUACAUGCUUGCUGUGGAGCCCUCGCACUUUGCAAGCGUCGUGACGGCACAUACAUAGCCAGGCUUGCCAGUACUGUUUUUUUGGGCGUCAAACACGCAAAUGGGCAACUGAAGUAAAGUGAACAGGGUCAGGGUUGAGCAGCAGAAUCUUGCGAUUUCAAAGAUCUGAAAACGCCUGGCGGCAUGCUCAUGUCAAUGGACGUCAGGCUGAAAAGGAGAGGCUGAUCACGAUGCGAGUUCUCAAGCGAGGUUCCGGGAUAGCCCCACUCCCAUGCCGUAUCUACGUCUAGCCAUUCAGCAUCUGCGCCCGUCACCCGCGUGUAGGCGCGAGUAGAAAACCCGCUGAGGCGGCGUCCACCCGACCCUGUGCCUGAUUCACA